UGGGCGGAGACCCAGGAAGUGACGGCCGUGCUGGUGGUCCUGGUGUCGGUGAAGUCCGCGGCGCCACCUCUGCGGCCACCGCGUUCCUGGGCGAUGGAGAAUGGAGUGGUAUACGGCCCCACCACGGAGGAGGACCCGGGCCCAGGCAGGGGCCCCCGGAGAGGCCUCGCCUCCUGCUUCUCCCGGGGCCGGCUUCCGUUGCGUCGGCUCGCGCUCAAAGGCUUGCAGCUCUUGCUGUCCCUGCUGGCCUUUGUGUGUGAGGAAGUCGUGUCACAGUGUACACUGUGUGGAGGACUUUACUUUUUUGAAUUCGUAAGCUGCAGUGCCUUUCUUCUGAGUCUCCUCAUCCUGAUUGUGUACUGCACUCGCGUUUAUGACCAAGUCGAUUCUACCAAAGUCAAGCAGUCGGAUUUUUAUAUUACUAUGGGAACAGGAUGCGUGUUUUUGUUGGCAUCCAUCAUUUUCGUUUCCACACAUGACAGGACCAAAGCUGAGAUCGCUGCAACUGUGUUUGGAUUUCUAGCAAGUAUUAUGUUCCUGUCUGACGUUGUCAUUAUGUUCUGUGAGAGACGACAGGAGUCCCAGAUGAGGAAACCAGAGGCUACCAGGAGGGCAGGGCCCCUCACAGAACCCCUUAAUGCUUAAGGACUUUGGGGACUGCGUGUUACAUAAGAAUUCCUGCCUCCGGUCUGGACGAGAACAAGAUCUUUAUUGUCAUCAAGAACUCCCUGGAAUUUGUACAUUCUUCAGAGUUUUGUGUUUUGUUUCGAUAAAGAACAUUGUGUAUCAACGUGCAGUCAACUUCGAGGAGCAAAAAUGUAAUUUAAAUAGGUCUUAACCAGUAAGGACAAUGUCUUUCCUAAGAAGCCCGGGUAGGGCAGUUCUGUGACUGGUCAGAGUUCAGUGACUCAGUGGUAUUAUCAGGCGCCCAGACUCUUUCCAUGUUUUUCUGCCCAUCCAUCUUCUGCUGUGAGUUUUUAUCCUUAGGGUUGACCCUUGAUGGUGUAGCAAGAUGGAGGCAACAUGUCCAGACAUCGUCCACUUGCACGACAAUGUCCAAAGGCCCGAAGGGAAGAGAUUGUGUAUUUCUCUGUCCCGAAGGUGUUCCUUUUUCCCAGAAGCCCCUCAGUGGACUUCACCUACUUGCCUUCUACUAGAAGACUUUCAAUGCCCAUUUCUAAAUCGCUUACUGACCUGGAGAAUGGCAUUACUGAAGAAAUGGCCUAAAGUAAUCCAGAUUCCUCUCCUUUGAUGGGAACACCCUUGGAAGCAUAUAGCCUUCCAUUACCCGAACAGAUUGGUUCUGUAGCAGGAGAAGGGCCACUGGCCUGGGGUUCAACAGUAUCUGUCAUAAGCAGGUUGAGGAUCGGGCCCCAGCUAGGGGAAAUAAAAUUCCAUUUAAGAACAUUUCGCAGGCCUGACUACCCCAAAACAAUUUAAAAUAGAAAAACUAACGGUUUUGAUGUCUAGACUAAAUUAUAGUUGUACAAGUAAUGGGUGCCAUAGAAAAUUGGUUUAAUAAAAGAUGGUAAGUAUUGUUCUUUUCCUGA